CCGUUGCUAAGGCGAAUGAAUGGGCUUGCGGAUGUUUGUGGGUUGACAACAACAAACAAAACAGCUUAACCAGCCCCUCAAACAUUGCGGAAGAACAACCCAUUCCAUUUUCUGUUAAAAUAUGGAACUUCCAGCUUAUGAGCAUCCCCCUCUUUGGAUUCCACCCAAUGAGCGCCCCGCCCACCCGGAGUACUGCAACGACCUGGAGCAGUUCGAUGUCCGCACCGUGAACCUCGUCCGUGAAAGCGCUUUUGACCCAUUGGGGUUCAAUAUCCGUGGAGGCAGAGAACACUACUGCGGCAUUUACCUCUCCAAAGUGAUGCCCAACAUGGAGGCAGAGCAGCUUGGUCUGAAGGAGGCAGAUCAAAUACUAUCUGUGAACGGAACAGACUUUGAGGACAUUGAACAUGCUAAGGCAGUGAAGAUCCUCAAGUCCCACACACACAUCGUGAUGAAGGUUCGGUACUUUCCCUACGGGUACAGGAAGACUUACGACAAGGUGGAAAAUGCUAACGUAGGAAUUCUCACUUGAUAGCUAAAGGUGAUGUGUAUGCUCAGCCCAAGAUGCCAUUUUCAAGUACAAAACUAUAUACCAACGAAGUUCUGAAUCAAAUCCAAAGAUGGAAGGCAACGAGGAUGAUCUAGACCCAACAUGAACCAUUUGGAGUAAACCUGCUAUCUCAAAUGUGGUGUCUUACCCUGGGUUAGUUUUGUUAUUGUGGGAGAGAAUCUAUUUGUACUAAGGGAUGGAACUCCUGCAAGUAUUAAAUGUUGUUUUAUUCAGAGGGUUACAAA